UUAAGAGAAUUCAUUUAUGAUCUCUCAUCGAGAUUAAUUGUAGCGUCAAAGUGUAGCGUCACAGCCUCAAAAAGUUGAGUUUUAUAGCAAAUAAAUAAUAGUAAAUGUUACUUGUGGUUAGAAUGUGCUAUUUAUUCAUUUCUUUUUUUUUUGCAAAGCGCAUGCGAUGAAACUAAUCAUAAUUAGGCAAAUAUUUUGAUACAUCUGCCACUUCUUCGAGUUUCAUAUAUGUGUGUAUGUAUAGCUUUUUCUUUGAAAUUUCAAUAUUUAAAUCUAGCGUCAAAGAUAAUAUAGACACCGUCUAGUUUUGACGGUACAAUUCAAUCUCGAUGACGCUUAUGUUUACAACUGUAUGUACUUGUACGUAUGUUUCUGUGAGUGGUUAGGUGCGUAUGCACGGACGUAUAUUGCAGCGUGCUACACAGGAAUCUUUUCAAGUUGCCUACACCAACAGUGAAUUCGACUCCGCAUCACUGAGUGCGAUUUUCUCUAAUUCACCGUAAGAAUAUUCAAUCUCUCCAUCACUACUGUCUCACCACUCCAAUUGAAAUGUCGUUCCCUGCAAGCCUGUUCGCCGUGCGAAAAUUAUGUUUGAAGAUAUUUAAUCCGAAGAGAGCGAUGGGGCUUGCGUCUGUGUGGACUGGCCAUACGCAAGGCUAUCAAUCAGCAACACAGAGCAGCAAAUUAUGUGAAUCCUGUCAGGAGCAUCGUGGCAGACAAAAAUCAAACCAUAGAGAGGCGAAUAUAAGAAAGCAGAGCAGAUGCUGCACAUAGCCCUCCGUCAGGCUCAGGCUCUUCAAAACCACGAUGCCAUUACAUACAUUUAUGAUGUGAUGGCAAACCUAGCCUUUGACAUGGGUGAAUAUAGAAAGGCAGAAGUUCUCUUUGUUAAGGUCAUGCAGAGGCUUAUAGCAAAUGGAACAUCGCAGACAGACUUGAAGAUUAUUCACAUGAGCCUAAAAAUGGCAAAAUUAUUUGAACACCUUGGAGAGACAGAAAAGGCCGAAGACGGAUAUCAGUUCUGCCUAAACCAUCUGCAGGCCAAACUGGAUGAAAAAAGUGAAGACGAGGACGUCGUCGUUCUUUGGGCAAUGGCAGCAGACUGGUACGCCAGACUGCUUCUUGCCCAGUCAAAGUAUGAGAAGGCCUUGGAAUACUUACAAAAGGCCUACAAAGUAUGCAUUGACGUUAACGGCGAGGAGCAUGAGCAGACGGUUGUACUAUUGAAUGAUCUUGGUACAAUUAGUUUCCUGAAAGGGGAUAAUGAAAAGGCUAUUGAUUAUUUCACUCUUGCUGCGGAAAUUGGUGAUAAAUUACCGGACAUGGAAGACCUGAGCUCGAUUCAUGUCAAUCUUGGAAAUGUUUUGAUGAAGAAGGGUCUUUAUGAUGCAGCAAAGAAAUCCUGUCAGAGGGGGUGGUAUUUAUCAAAGAGCCGCAACAACGAGGAGUCUUUAGUAGAGGCGAAUGACUGCCUCGAUGAGAUACGCAAGAUCGCUGCCGCCUAGCACGUACGUUUUAACAGUCGAUAUCCUAGUCAAUCAAUUCAGAUAUUCAAAUGUACAUAAAUAGUGACGCCGAAGACCUGGUUUGGUAAAUAAAAAGUUAACUAGAUAAAACACGUUAA